UUGUGGGGCAGGUCAUUCUUCCCCCUCGAUUAGGCACAAGUGAAACGAGGGAAGAAGGGCGAGGAGGAAUAAGGAAAGCCAGAGAUUCUUUUUUAUUGAUAGGUGAAAGCCUGAGAUUCUUGCUUGCACGGAAGAAGUGCGAAGGAGUAGUGGAGGAGGAGGAGCCGAGGAGGAAGAAGAAGAGAAAGGAUUAAGAAACAGGGGAGAAGUGUUCGUUUUCUCCUCCUUGGUCUCCCCUCUAUCCGUCCAUUCCCUUAAAAAGGUGGCAAAAACUCAGUCUUUAUUGCGACCGAGGAAUUUGACAUCGAUUAAUCGAUAAAGCCGUCGCUUUGUUAUCUUUUUGUGCGCGCUUGUGAUGGGGUUCGAGGAGGGGACGGGGAAGGAGAGAGGGGGCGUCCGUGUGGGGUUACGGUUCCUGACGAGGCGCAAGCAGGUGGAUUCUAAGCGCGCGUGGUCGGAUGGAGGUCAACAGCUCGCUAAGGCGUUGUCAGUUCCGCAGCUUGUGGCCAUAGGUGUUGGUUCCACAAUAGGUGCUGGAGUUUAUGUUCUUGUUGGAACUGUUGCCAGAGAGCAUACUGGGCCAGCACUCACCAUCUCUUUUCUGAUAGCUGGGAUAGCAGCUGCUCUUUCAGCUUUCUGCUAUGCUGAGCUUGCAAGUCGAUGCCCUUCUGCAGGAAGCGCCUAUCACUAUUCAUACAUCUGUGUUGGCGAAGGGGUUGCUUGGAUUAUUGGCUGGGCUUUACUUCUUGAAUAUACAAUUGGAGGGUCAGCUGUUGCGCGUGGUAUAUCUCCAAAUUUGGCAUUAGUUUUUGGAGGACCAGAGAGUCUGUCUAUAUAUUUAGAACGCAUUUAUAUUCCAGGUCUUCACAUUGUUGUGGAUCCAUGUGCUGCUGUUCUUGUACUGGUUGUAACUGGAUUACUCUGUUUGGGAAUAAAGGAGAGCGCGCUUGUACAGGCAAUUGCCACAGCACUAAAUGUCUGUGUCUUAUUAUUUGUUAUCAUUGCCGGUGGGUAUAUUGCCUUUCAGACUGGAUGGGUCGGCUAUACUGUAGCUGGCGGAUAUUUUCCUUACGGGGUAAAUGGAGUUCUUGCUGGUUCAGCAACUGUUUUCUUUUCAUAUAUAGGGUUUGAUAAUGUUGCCAGCACUGCUGAGGAGGUUAAGCAUCCUCAAAGAGAUUUGCCAUUAGGAAUAGCAACUUCUUUGUCUGUAUGUUGCUUAUUGUAUAUGACAGUCUCGGCUGUGGUUGUUGGAUUGGUUCCAUAUUUUGCUAUGGACCCUGACACUCCGAUAUCAUCUGCAUUUACUCGGAAUGAUGUUCACUGGGCAGCGUACAUAAUCACAUUAGGUGCGGUUCUUGCACUAUGCUCAUCUUUGUUGGGUUCACUUCUCCCACAGCCUAGAAUACUGAUGGCAAUGGCUAGAGAUGGAUUACUGCCAUCAUUUUUUUCUGAUGUUAAUAAGCGCACACAAGUUCCUGUCAAGAGCACAAUUAUAACUGGAAUUUUUGCAGCGUCCCUAGCAUUCUUUAUGGACGUUUCACAACUGGCUGGAAUGGUCAGCGUUGGCACACUUCUUGCGUUUACCAUAGUUGCAGUUUCAAUUUUGAUACUGCGAUAUGUUCCUCCACAUGAGGUCCCACUGCCAUCAUCUCUUCGUGAAUCAAUUGAGUCAGUUUCUUUUCGCUAUACCAGUAAUCAAAGCCAUGAUGAUGUCACAUCCCAAGAAAUUUCCAAGGAAUCAGCUGACUCUCCUCUCAUUGUGAAGGAGCUUAAGAAAGAGAAUUUGAACGACCAAAAUAGGCGUAAGAAAGCAGCUUGGAGCAUAUCAUCUAUUUGUGUUGGAGUGCUCAUCCUCACUACAUCAGCUUCUUAUUCAUUUUUGCCCAAUGUCCUACGCUAUAUGACAUGCUCUAUCGGAGGUUUGCUUCUUUUGGGUGGUCUGUUUGUGUUGUCCUGGAUAGAUCAAGACGAUGCUCGCCAUAACUUCGGGCACACUGGAGGUUUCAUUUGCCCCUUCAUCCCAUUUCUACCUGUUUGUUGCAUCCUUGUCAAUGCCUAUCUUCUUGUAAAUCUUGGUGCUGGCACAUGGUUUCGAGUAUCGCUCUGGUUAUUGCUCGGAGUUUUUGUGUACUUGUUCUACGGACGAACCCACAGCUCCCUGACGGAUGUCGUAUACGUUCCCGCGGCGCGUGUCGAUGAAAUAUACAGAACCUCAGAGUGCGCAACUUGAAGUCCAUCAAAAUCAUUCAACUUGUAUCCGUUAUUAUUUAUCAUGGCGAUUAGUUGCAUAUUUUGAUUACUACUAAUGAGCUUGUUCUUGCAUGCUUGUGUGCCGGUACUAGUGUUGUAAACAUAUGUACUGCUUGCUACCUCUACAGGAAUGUAAAUAGUAUGGAUUAUAUAA